UACAGUGUACAAUUGCGUUGUUAAACUUAGCAAGAUCACCUUGGAGAUAGAGCGUAGCGAAAUGCACUCAAUCUUUUUCAGCGUAAAAAAAAUUGCCAUGUAAAAAUGAACAUUUUUACAAUGAACAAACGAUGGGUAUGAUCGCGCGGAGAGAGAGCGUUACUUGAAAUAAGAAUUAUUUUUUGUCAUACAGGAUCUUCGGUGAACGAUCUAUUAUGCAUUAUUAAAAGCGUUAACAGAAAGAUCGAAAAAAGUAAAGAGUAAUAGAAAUAUAAGAAUAAUGGAAAUCACGGUAUCGAUAAUAAUUCAAAAAAAUUGGGAACGUUAAUAACAACGGUGCCGUAAAAAUUAGUAAGAAAUAAUAUUUGAUAAAGCGAAAGAAGACGUGAAAGAUUCUUGAAAUACAAUUUUGUAAAUCUAUAAUUGGGACACGUGUUGCAAUCCGAGUCUCUUAAAUUCCGUAAUUAUUCACAAAAGAUGUUGAAAGUGUUUUCCUAGCUCGUAUUCGAUAACUCUUCUUAUUUAUCGUUUCGUUGUUUUAUCUGGUAUUAUCGGACGCAAGUUGUAAGUUCGCUUCGUUUCGACCGCGAUAAAAAGCGAUUCAUCGUGACCGCGCUAUCGACACACGCGGAGUGAGUUGCCGUCUGCAAUUCGUGAUCGUUGAUCCAGAAGUGCGGGACCGUUCGACGGAUCACGGAUCCAUUUCGCCGUCCAAUAUUUCUCUCGAGUUUAAUGAGUAAUAGUAUGUUCGGGAUCAGGCACCUGCAGGUGCUGCUGCUCUUCCUGGGCAUGGUUAUCGGGUACAGUCUCAGGGUUGGGAUGUCAGUGGCCGUGGUGCCGAUGGCGAACGCAAGCACCGCGAAUCCAGAAAUCAAGGAUUACGAUUGGACAAAGAGGGAGAAGGAUCUGGUGCUCAGCUCGUUCUUCUGGGGCUACGUGGUGAUGCAGGUGCCGAGCGGCUAUAUCGCCAAUGCCUGGAGCGCCCAGAAGCUCCUCGCCAUCGGGAUGCUGUUCUGCGGGAUUUUCAAAUUCAUAACGCCGUUCGUCGCCGAUUGGGGCCUGGCGGCCGUCCUGGUUUGCAGGGUAGGCAUGGGUCUCACUCAGGCUUGCCUAUUACCUUGCAUUCAAACCCUUCUAUCUAAAUGGGCGCCGCCCGCUGAAAGAGCACGACUGGGAACAUUCGCUUAUGCGGGCGGCCAGGCCGGCACGGUGAUCACUAUGCCGAUUGCUGGAGUUCUCGCUGCAUCGAGCGUCGGUUGGCCCAGCGUCUUUUACUUAUUCGGUGCAUUAGCGGUUGUUUGGAGCCUAGUGUUCCUUUAUUUUGGAGCAGACUCGCCGUCCGAUCAUCGCAGCAUUUCCGAGGAGGAGAGGACGUAUAUAGAAGACAGUUUGAGGACAACCGAAGCGAAAACCAAUGAUGAAGUCAAGCAGAAGAUGAAAACACCGUGGAGGGAGAUUUUCACCUCGGUGCCUAUGUGGGCUCUCAUAGUAGUCCACUCCUGCCAAAAUUGGGGGUACUGGACUCUAUUGACGGAAAUACCGAGUUACAUGACAGGCGUGUUGAAUUUUAAAGUCGAUGCUAGCGGCGGAAUUUCCGCCCUGCCAUAUCUGGUGAUGUGGAUUCUGAGCGUUCCCAUGAGCUGGUUGUCCGAUUACGCAUUGCAGAAGGGUGCGUCCAGGGGUACGGUCAGAAAGGUCUGCAACUCGAUAGCCCACUGGGGUCCGGCUAUCGCCCUGGCGUGUAUGAGCGCCGUACCCGAGAACGGUUACAUCUGGGCCAUCGUCAUUCUCGUUCUGGCGGUAGGACUGAACGCUGGCUCUUUGUGCGGCUUCCAAAUCAAUCAUAUUGAUCUCAGUCCAAACUUCGCCGGGACCAUGAUGUCUAUCACCAAUUGCGCCGCAACUGUUACAUCCAUUAUCGCGCCACUGAUAUGUAGCGUGAUCGUCUCCGAAGAGAGCAGCGUGUAUCAGUGGAACAUCGUGUUCUACGUCUCGGCGGCGAUCUACUUCCUGGGUAACUUGGUGUUCGUGAUAUUUGGCAAGGGUGAGGUGCAAUGGUGGAACGAUGAUUCAGAGGUAAAACAGCAGAUACGAAAAAAAAACAACGAACAGAACGAGACGCAGACUUGAAAUUUAAGUUAAUUUUGAUACGCUCUUGAAACUUUUGUAACUUAUGGGGGGAUCUAAAACAAGUCUGCAAGCCGAAAUUGGGACUCGAGAUUUAUAUUAAAUUAAAUUUUUUAAUGUACAUCCGAAAAUUCGAAAAUUGCGAUCGACUACAAAAUCGUUUAUUUAUUGUUGUCAUCGACGAACAGCUGUACAUAUCAUUGUUCCGUCAUGAAGUGUCCGUCAAUAAGUCUUUCAGCUCUGUGUUACAUCAGUAUAUUUGUAAGUUAGACCAGAAAGGUCUGAUCAGUAAGUUAGACCUGUAAAAUAAAUUUUCACUCACUUGUUA